AUGGCGCUGAGUGUGAACUGCAGGACUAUCCCUAAAGAGCAGGCGUCGGUCCAGAACAGUGUCCCUGACGUCCUGGAGCUUAACGUGGGAGGCCAGGUGUACUUCACACGAUAUUGCACGCUAGUGAGUAGCCCGAGUUCUCUCCUGGCCAAGUUGUUCUCCAAAAAGGACGCCUCCAACGACUUAGCCCGAGACCCCAAAGGUCGUUACUUCAUUGACCGAGAUGGCUUCCUCUUCCGCUAUGUGUUGGACUAUCUGCGGGAUAAGCAGGUCGUCCUCCCGGACCACUUCCCGGAGAAAGGUCGGCUCCGGAAGGAAGCGGAGUACUUCCAGCUGCCUGACUUAGUGAGGCUUCUCAGCCCGGAGGAGGUGAAGCAAAGCCCGGAUGACUUGUUCCACAGCGAUUACGAGGACGGUUCCCAGGGGAGCGAGUCGCGCCAUUGCCCGCCGCCCUCGCUCGUUCCCGCGGACAGGAAGAGCGGUUUCAUCACGGUGGGGUACCGGGGCUCGUGUACCAUGGCCCGCGAGGCUCAGAGUGACGCCAAGUUCCGCCGGGUGCCCCGCAUCCUCAUCUGCGGCAGAGUGGCCCUGGCCAAAGAGGUCUUCGGAGAGACCCUGAAUGAGAGUCGGGACCCGAACCGGACCCCAGAGCGUUACACGUCCCGCUUCUAUCUCAAGUUCAGGCACUUGGAGCGGGCCUUUGACAUGCUGUCCGAGUGUGGCUUCCACAUGGUGGCGUGCAACUCGUCCGUCACGGCCUCAUUUGUCAGCCAGCACACUGAGGACAAGUUCUGGUCCAGCUACACCGAAUACGUCUUCUACCGUAAGUCGAGGAAGAUUGUUUCUAGCAUUGAAGAGACACAAAUGAGGAAGCAUGACGGUGUAACUGAGAAGGCAGGCGAGAGCGGCACCUCCUUCAACGACCUCUCCACCUCCAGCUCGGAGAGCCAGUCCGAGGCUGGCUCUCCCCAGGGGACGGUCAUCUGCGGCCCGGUCAGCCGUCAGACGCACCCCCACGCUAACGUCCAAACUCUGGACAGGCCUCUGAAAAAGGGGCCCGUUGCCAGGCUCCAGCAGUCGGAACAACGGCGGAAAAGUGACCUGCUGCGUACCCUCACCUCCAGCUCCCGCGACAGCAACACGUGCAAGAAAAGGCCACCCAAAGAGAAGCUGACAGUGGAGGAAGAGCUAGAUAGAUGCAUUCAGGACUUUCGCAAGAUCAAGAUUCCUGAGAGGUUUCCCGAGCGGAAGUACAUGUGGCAGGCGGACCUGUUGAGAAAGUACCGCCUCUGA